AUGGAUGCGGCAGGCCAAGAAAAGGGCGCCCUCGCCUGGACUGAAGAGGCAAAGUUCCAGUUCCUCCUGCGCAUCGUCGCCCAGCUCAAGGGCGACGGCCGCGGCACGAGCAUCAAGUGGGAGAAGAUUAACAUCCCCGGCCGUACCGUCAAGAGUCUGCAAAACAUGUGGACGAAGAUCAACAAGCAGAUUAGCGACUUUGAAGCACGCGAGAGCAGUGGCGAGGGCGCGGCCGCGGCUGUGCCUGUUCAGCCGCGCAAGAGGGGACGUCCUAGCAAGAAGAGCUUGGAUAAGGAUGUUGGCGUGGUCGAUGAGGGUGUUGAUGAUGAGGGGCUUGAUGUUAAGCCGAUGCUUUUGAAGAAGCGCGGCGCUGAAGACGCCAAUGACGAGAAACGAGGAGCGGGCAAGAAGAGACCCAAGGUCAAGUCUGAGGCCAUGGCUAACGAUGCCGUUCGGUUCAAGAAUGAGCAGGUCUGA